GUGCUCGCCAUCGCGGCGACCGCGUGCUGGUCAGAGGCCAAGGUCAGCAAGGCGAUUGGCGACAAGCCCCAGGGGCAGGACAACGACAGCACCACUGUAGGGAAUGUGACCAACGCGACCUGGACUCUGACUACGGAGAACGUCACACCGGAGGACACACCUACUUGGGGUGUCACGCGUGUUGCCUGCUCGGCUUGUUGCGCGACUGGGGCGCUCUACGAGUGCCGGGUGUGCCCUAUGGGAACGUGCCCGUCUUGCGCUCGAGGGUUGCAGUGCUCGAGGUACUAUCGCGGCGUGAGUGAUCACAAGACGGGAGUAGGCAACGGCGCGGAGUUCGCGGUACAGCACCAAUCAUGGAGGAUAUUCCGCAAUGGCACCGUCGCGCAGAAGAAGGUCGGGUUGAGUACCCUUGUCGAGUACUGCGGCGAGCCGAACAGCCUCAUGUCGGAGCUCUGGCAAGCUCAGGGAGGAGCUGCACACCGCCUCGGAUUUGCCGAGGACGGUCUUCGAGUCCGACGUCGCGCGGCUAAGGCUGGCGAUCUACUCGAGCAGGCAGCACGGCCCCGAGCUGGGCGUGCCGACGUUCUCUGGGGCAGUCUGCUCUGCAGUCCCUGGACGGCGCUACAGCAUUUCAUGAAGAAUAAUACCCAGCUGGCAGUCGGCCGCGCGGAGAGCCGGCAGAUGGUCAAGCUAUUUACCAAGGAGGCUCAGCGCGAGCUGGAGGUUGGCGUGAUCGUUGCGUUCGAGUGGCCCGUCAUUUGCCACGGGGGGAAGCAGCCCGAGGUCCAGGUGCUAGAGAGGAUCUUGCCAUACGAGUGCCUGUUCGAUGGGUGCGCCUACGGUCUCAUGGACGAUAGGACUGGCAAGACCAUCGAGCAGCCCUGGAAGGUGAUCACCAACCAUCGGCCGCUGCAGAAGCUCUUGAACCGAAGGUGCUCCCAAGACCAAGAGCGCCUCCAAGGGCGAGAGUUCAACAGGAGGACGUCCAAGGAGACGGGGCUCUACACCAAGGAGCUGUGCGGGGCCGCGAUCAGGGGCUUCAUGAGGGGCAUCGCCGACGUCAACUACGCGCUGGUCACGCUGCUCAGCGACGUCGAGAAUGAGGGCGCGGAUAAGGAGCCUCAGGGUAUACUGGCCAGCCUGGAGUCUGAGCAGCGUCUUACUCUCACGAGGGCUGUGGCUAAGAUGCGCGCCAACCUGGGGCAUCCAGGCAAUCGGGGCACCGAUAUGGUGUUCCUCAACCAGAUCGACAUGGUCGUUGUCCCGGCCACCUCCCGCAAUCCCGCCAACCGACCAACCCCUGGCUGCUCGCGCUCGGCGUUCCGAACGUCGCGAUGGCGGACAUCGGAGGUGCUCGAGCGCGAAGUCAAGGAGGAGCUGGAGACCAUGGGCUCGAGGAUAGUCUCGAGCGCACUCUACAGCCCGACGCAGAACGCCAUCUGCGAGAGGCAUGACCAGACCGGGAUGGCGCACGCCCGCCCCUUGAUCUCGGAGUUGUUCCUCGCCUUCAAGGAGGCAGACCAGGUCAAGUGGCUCAUGGCGGCGAUCAACUACGCGGUGAACUCUGCAGUGGGCACGUUGCACCAGCGGGUGCUAGACGACGACGAGCCGAGCUUCAGGCAGCGUGUCGGACUACUCAGCGCAGCGAAGCGCUCGGUGGCCACGUUUGAUGCCCACAACAUGAUCAGCGAGGCAUUCCUCGCCAAGGGCAGACUACAGCUACGACGCCAGCGGCUUCGACGUACCGGCGACCAGGUGCACGACUGCAGAGGACUGGGCGAGGCCCGUGCCAAGAAGCACUUGGCAGCGCGCUGGCACGGGCCAGCGGUGGCCAUUGGGCAUGAGUCCAACAGCGCGUGGCUGGCGCAUCGCAACCUCACGAUCAAGGCAUCGGCGCGGCAUGUCAGAGCCGCGGGGGCGUCGGAGCUGGUCGACUGGAAGGGCGUCUCUAAGC